AUGCCUGCCAAGCGCAAACGCGAUAUACUUGACUUUGACCCAAACCAGUCCGAUCCUGACGACGAGAACUUCGAGCCGGGCCAAGAGAGGGAGGAAAAGCCCCGGCGCGUGACGAAGCGGUCCCGCUCCACCAAGGCCAGGUCCUCUGGAAGGCGGCGUGACCGUUACGGCGGCUCGGACAUCGACGAGGACGACGACGAUAUCAUUUCCGACAGUGACCCUGACGAGGCCUUCGACGACGAGGACGAGGACGAAGACGAAAAUAUGCCUGUGAAUGCAGGAGGUCGAAGGACUAGGAAAGCUGCAGUAAAGCGUCAAAACUACCACGAGAGCAGCGACGACGACUCGGAGGAGAUUGAAGAAACCCCGGACGAAGACGAGGACGACGAAGACGAAGACUCUUCAGCGCCUAAGCGCAGCAAGAAAGCGAUAGAGAAAUCCAAGCCGUCCAAAAUCGUCACGCUCAAGGUGCCACCAGGCCGCGGCAAAGUCAAAGAGCCGCCCACGCCCAGCGUGGCAACUAGGAGAACGCGUGCACAUACGGAAGAGGCCAACGAGUUUUUGGAACUGUCGGAAUCAGGAAGGCAUGCCAGGACGACCAGGGCCUCGACUAGAAGUAAAAGUCCAGAAGCACUAGGUCGUGCUAACAGAGCAACUAAGGGUCUUAAAGGACUCAGGAAGCAGCCGGAGCCGAUAGAAGAAGCUACCCAAGAAAACAGCGCCCAGGAGCGCGACCAACUCGACGAAGUGAUGGCUGGCGCCGAUGCUGCUGCAGACGAGCUGGUCGGAGAACAGCCCGAAGGGUCGGGCUUGAAGGGUCCUGGCGAGGAAGAAGCGGAACGUGUUGUUGGGGACGUGCCGCAAGAAACAAUCGAAGGCGAUGACCAGCAUGUUGAGAAUACCGUGACGGGAGAUGCUGAGGACGACGAUGACGAAGAUGACGUUCCAGUCACCCGAAGAACACGCGGUUUACGAGCAGCAAAGCCUCAACUGGAUGAAACCAACCAAGACGAGAACGAAAACGAAAGCGAGGCUGCUCCGUCAAACACACGCAAGACGCGACGAUCACUACGUCCCAAGAAGGCUUUGAAUGAACCUAGUAGCGACUUCGAGCCAGGUGACGACUCGGGUGAAGGUGAAGGAGAUGUUUCUGCUUCUGAAGCGUCUCCCAAGAAGGGCCGACGGUCACGCGCGAGUCAAGAAGAUGACGGCGACGAGGAGAUUGGGGCGCGCGGACGGCGUGGCACACAAGGAAAGCGCGCUGCGAACCGAAGAGGUUCUGGCGAUGAAGAUGUUGAGUUGGAUCAGGAAGAACUUGCUGAGGAGCUCGAGGAGCUUAGGCAGAGCUCUCGAGCGGCACGGAGACGCCGUCGAUCGCCAUCUAUAGCAUACGAAGAACCUCGAACCAAGAGACGUCGUGUGACCAAGCCUGUGGACUACUCCAUCAAGCCACUCGACCAGCUCGUCGACCAAGAGGAGGAAGACCCCGCACCAUCUCCGGCAAAGGGCCGCAGAGGUGGGCGGAAUGGUGCCAGCAACGUGUGGCAGCGCAAUCUUGCGUCUACCUAUGGCCCCUUUGGCGGCGCCGGCGGUCUCGGAUCUCUUUUGGGCGGCCCAUGGGGCACAGGUGCCACUGGCGGCGUGGAAUCUGAUAGCAGUGACGACGAAGCGGUGGCGGCUGUGCGUCCCGGUAUUGGAGGUGCUGUGGGCAUGACACCAACAACAGCGAACGCACCAGCUCUCGGCCCGCCCCUGGGUGCUCUGGAUGGCGCGGCAGGUGUCGCUGCGACUCCUAACCUGGGGAAAGUCAAGAACCAAAAGGCAUUUGCAGACGCCGAUCCUCUCGGAGUUGACUUGACGGUUGACUUCAGUAAAGUAGGUGGAUUGCAGGGGCACAUUGAUCAAUUGAAAGAGAUGAUCAUGCUGCCACUGCUGUAUCCAGAGCUGUUCCAGAGGUACAAGGUGACUCCGCCACGCGGUGUGCUUUUCCAUGGUCCUCCUGGAACAGGAAAGACGUUGCUCGCAAGAGCCCUCUCAAAUGCAGUCGGAAUCGGCGGGCGCAAGAUCACCUUCUAUAUGCGCAAGGGAGCGGAUGCCCUGAGUAAAUGGGUUGGUGAGGCAGAAAAGCAACUGCGUCUUCUGUUUGAAGAGGCGCGAAGGACGCAGCCUAGUAUCAUCUUUUUCGACGAAAUCGAUGGCUUGGCUCCUGUUCGGUCUAGCAAGCAAGAGCAGAUCCAUGCGUCUAUCGUCUCGACGCUCCUGGCCUUGAUGGAUGGUAUGGAUGGACGUGGUCAAGUUAUUGUCAUUGGCGCAACCAAUCGUCCCGACAGUGUAGAUCCUGCACUUCGCCGUCCUGGUCGCUUCGACCGCGAAUUCUACUUUCCACUCCCCGACGUGGAGGGCAGGCGCUCCAUCAUUGACAUUCACACCAAAGACUGGGGUCUGACUGAGGAAUUCAAGGAUCGCUUGGCUCGUCAGACCAAGGGUUAUGGCGGUGCAGAUCUGCGAGCACUUUGCACCGAGGCAGCUCUGAACUCGAUCCAACGGACCUACCCCCAAAUUUAUUCCUCGACGGACAAGCUUAUCGUCGAUCCGAACAAGGUUUCGAUUCAUGCAACCGACUUCACCAUUGUCAUGAAGAAAAUAAUACCCUCGUCCCAAAGAUCAGCCUCGUCGGCUGCUGCUCCUCUCCCGCCAAGUAUCGAGCCUUUACUGAGCCAGCAGCUGGGGGCUAUUAUCAGAGACCUAGAUGAAGCCCUGCCGCGUAAGAAGAAGAUGACUGCGCUGGAGGAGGCCAUGUUUGAGCCUUAUGAAGAUGAAGACAAUGGUUUUGGUCGAGAAAACCUCAGCCAAGAGUUUGAUAGACUCAGAGUCUUCAGACCUCGCCUUCUCAUUGCCGGACGGCCAGGCAACGGCCAGGAGUACAUCUCGGCCGCGUUGCUCCACCACUUGGAGGGCGUGUUUGUGCAAAAUUUUGAUCUGGCCAACCUACUGGCCGAUGGUUCGCCACUGGAGCAAGUCAUAGUCAGGUUAUUCACAGAGGUGAAGCGACAUAAACCUGCAGUAAUUUUCAUCCCUAAUGUCGGAGCUUGGUACGCAACAAUGCCGCCACUGGCAUACAGCACCUUUGUCACCAUGCUUCGGUCCAUACCGGCAACGGAUCCGGUCCUGCUGCUGGCCACGUCCGAGGAUGAAGUCAAGACGGUAGAUGAGGUUUUGCUGAGGGAUCUCUUUGCUCUCUCCCGCAAGAACCGCAGGGAGAUCGAAAUCCCUAGCAAUCAACAUCGCCGAGAGUACUUUGGUCAACUCGUGCCUCACAUCAGAAUGUCGCCAUCAGAGUUUCCCGACCCGGUGAACCGAAAGAAGAGGGUUCUUGAGGACCUUCCAGUAGCUCCUCCGCCGCCGCCACGGAAGCCAACAAAAGAGGAGAUUGAACGGGAGCUGCACAAUGACCACAUCGCACUUAACCACCUGAAGCUCUCGCUCCAGCCCAUCAUGGACCAGAUCAAGAUGAAGUACCGCAAAUACCGAAACUCGGUCAUACCCGAGCGUGAAAUUGAGUAUCUCUGGCACGAAGCUGAACCUGGCUACGUGCGAGCAGACCUGGCUGGCGAUGUCGCAGACCGGCCAUAUGUGAUCGACAAAGACAAAGACGGCGUUGAGGGUUUGCGGCAUGUGAAUACAGGAAAGUUUUUCUACAACCUGGACGUGGCCACGAUUGAAGAGCGCUUGUCCAAUGGCUUUUAUGCCAGGCCCAUCGACUUCUUCAAGGACAUCGAAUCGCUGGCCACCGAUGCCAGGAAUAUUGGUGACCGCGAGCGAACGCUCAAAUUGAACGAGCUUGUCAGCAACGUCCGCGUUGACGUCCAUGACGUCUCCAUGCGCCUCCAGGCCAUCGACUUUGAGGCUCUGUACCAACGGCAACAGCGAAGAGCCAAAGAGGCCGAAGAGAAACGGAAGAAGCGCCAGGCCGCGAACGAGGCCGCUAAUCUUGUGCAGCCAGACAUCACAAGUGAUAUCACCGGCCCGGUCGUGAUAGGGGCCCCAUUGCCCAGCGGCACGACGAGCGCCCGUUUUAGGGUUAUGAGUCCUCUGGCUAAUGGCAACAACGGCCAAAGCGCCACCGAUUCUACUUCCGUCCAAUCCAGCGGUCUCAGCAAUGGCAACUCUGUGCCGUCCCGUCCUGGAAAUGGCGACAUCACUAUGGGAGGUACCGACGAUAACGGCCAAAGUCAACAUUUUUUCCAGAUGGGGCCACCGCCAACGGUCAACUACAAUAACCGGCCCGUCUCGCAGGUAUCUCUAGUUGGGCUGCCACCCGGUGUAUCGCCCUCGGCUGUCCCCAACGACGCGUCAACUACCAGAUCUACUGAUGCCUCGGGGAGCAACCGCAUCUCUCAACACUGGGAUCGGCUUGGCUCACAACAAACAAACGGGACCCCAACCCACGAUUCGAAAUCAAGAUCGAGCGGGCAGAGUAAUGUGUCACAAAUGCCAGACACCCAGUCUCUAGGUGGACGUUCAGGGCAGAGCCAAUCUCAGUCUACUUCGAAUGCAUCCCCGUGGUUGCAUUCACAGGCGCAAGCCAUGGCAGUUGGGGAGCUUCAGCCGCGAGGGAGCUGGGGUCAGAACUCCAACUCGGGAUCGGGUUCAGGAUCACACCCCACGCCGGGAUCAGCUUACAUGUACGGCAUGCAGCGGACUGAACAGACCAGCCCGACAACAGCAUCUCACAAGCGGCUGAUGGCUUCAGCUGCGCAAUCAUCUACGCGUCAUAUCGCCCCUAGCAUGGACAAUUUGCUCAACGACGUGAGCUCUCCACCGGCGGCUGGGCCUCUAUCGCAACAUGCCGUGAUUGACGACCGCCAGGUAUCCGUCUUCCUGGACAACUUGGUGGAGCAGACAUCUGGCUGUACGGUGGAUCAGCUUGAGCAGAUCAACCGCGAGCUGAUGGAGCAAUUAUGGUCGACGCGGUCCGAGUGGAAUCGCAACAAGGUGCUUAACAUGCUCACGGCCACGUACAACGGGACGAUACGUGACAUUGAGGAUAUGCAGGGCUCGUUCUCUUAUACACAGGAAACUAAAUCUCGGUCGUCUGUCAGUGACUAUGUGCCUCGCUAA